GGCUCUGCAGCAUCCUCCCGCGGGCUCUUGCCUCCAUCUGAAAAGCAUCUGCUGUGCACGUGACGACCUGCGCCUCCUGGAACUGAUGGCCAAAGACAUCCAGGAGGCGAGCUACAAGCGCAGCGGCGACGCGCUCGGCUUUCACAGGAGCAGGAAGCACAAGGUCAUCUAUGGCGAGGCGCUGUCCGAGUCCCAGGCUUUUGUGCGUGUCGUGAAGCAUGUCCUGGGCCUCUUCGAUCUUACGUUGGUCGACUGCUGGGCGAACUUGUACAGAGGCGAGGAUGACAUGAAAUCCAUGCACCACGACAACUACCAGGAUCGCACCCCACGGGCUACAGUGACCAUGGGGAUAAGCCUCGGGCAAGCGCGGCACUUCACUUUCCAGAACCCUGAGAAUGGUGACAUCUUUGCUUUCGACGAGCCCUUCAACAACCUUUUCAAGCAUGCUGUUCCGCCCGAGGACGCAGGCACGGCCCCCGGAAAGAGGAUUGCCAUCAUCAUCUGGGCCAAUGAACAGGAAGUCCGUGCCGUGUUUCACGUCCCAGAAAGAUGCUCCCAGGGCUCCGUGCCGCGGAUGAUCCGGGCCAAGAAUCCCGGGAUGCGUGACAUUGUGCCGCUGGAGGUGGACUGGGAGUCCUGGGGAAGGUGCUGCCCCGGCUCGCUCUCCAGGAUCCACCGCCAAGGCCUGGCCCAGGGGGUUUCGGGAGGAAGCCCUGGAGUCCCGAAAGGAAAAAGAAAGAGAGAGUUAGGGCUUAGGGGAGUUUUAUAG